AUGAUCGCCGCCGGCACCUCCGCUUUUACUAACAGCUCUACUGCCUCCGACUCAGCAGCUAGCCUCUCCGCUACUUUAAAUACACCUAGGUGUACGAUCAUACUGGCUACAGCUCUUGUUAAAGUGACAAACAACUGGGGCAUGCCUAUACUGUGCAGAGCGUUACUAGACUCUGGGUCACAGCUUAAUUUCGUAUCAGAACGGCUUGCUGUACAAUUAGGCAUUCAUCGUAACUUCUCUCAAACGGAGAUUAGUGGCAUUGGCGACUACAACGUAAGCAUACGGCACUCAAUUUGUACAACUAUCACCUCAAAUACAUCCGCUUAUUCAGCUGAAUUAACAUUUUUGAUAUUGUCCCGCAUUAGUGAACCUCAGCCUGAGUGUAAUGUCAAUAUAUCGCAGUGGAAUCUACUUGCGAAUCUACAGCUUGCAGAUCCGUUGUUUUUUAAGCCUCAAAAAAUUGAUAUGUUGCUAGGUGCAGAAAUUUACGUCGAUUUGCUGAUAAAUGAGCAAUUUCGCUUAGCUGAUCAUUUGCCUAUUUUCCAAAACACAAAGUUGGGAUGGAUAGUCACUGGAAGAUUAUCUGCUAUUAAACACUCAAGCCUGCUAGCUAAUAAAAUAACAACGACAUCAAUUGCGUCAUUAGAACUGCUACUUCGACAAUUUUGGGAGAUUGAGACACAUGCUCAUUCCAACAAAAUUCUCACAGCAGAGGAAAAAUUGUGCGAAGCUCAUUUCUCGUCAACUGUGCAGCGAGCAGAAAAUGGCAGAUUUAUCGUUAGCCUGCCAUUCAAACAGCCACCGUCGGUGUUGGGAGAGUCACUUACGACAGCUAAGCGUCGUUUUUUCGCUCUAGAACGUAAGCUUGCUAAAAAUUCCAGUCUAAAGAAACAAUAUAUACAAUUUAUGAGCGAAUACGAAACUCUCCAUCAUAUGAAGCGCUUGGGGAACUAUGCGGACUUUGUUGCUAAUAAAGAAAUGUAG